AUGACAUUUAAAAAGGUUGAAAAUGUCGCAUGUGUUGGAGCUGGAUAUGUUGGAGGUCCAACUUGUGCCAUGAUAGCAUGGAAAUGCCACCAUAUAAAAGUAACAGUAUUAGAUAUCAAUGAAGAAAAAAUUAAACAAUGGAAUUCAGAUAUUCUUCCAAUUUAUGAACCAGGUCUUGAAGAAAUUGUUAAAGAAAGAAGAGGAAAAAAUUUAUUUUUUUCAACUGAUGUUAAAAAUGUAAUUGGAAAUGCUGAUUUAAUUUUUAUCUCAGUCAACACACCAACAAAACAUUAUGGAAGAGGGAAAGGAAUGGCACCUGAUUUAAAAUAUGUUGAGUCUGUUGCUAGGAUGAUUGCAAAAUAUGCAAAAAAUUCUACUAUUGUUGUUGAAAAAAGUACUGUUCCAGUUAGGGCUGCUCAAUCAAUUAGCAUUAUAUUAUCAGAAGCUCAAAAAAGAAAUACAAAUUUAUGUUUCCAAGUUCUUUCAAAUCCUGAAUUUCUUGCUGAAGGUACAGCAAUAAAUGAUUUGGCUAACCCAGAUAGAGUUUUAAUAGGUGGAGAAGAAUCUGCAGAAGGAGAGGAAGCUGUAAAAAGAUUAGUUGAAAUUUAUGAAAAUUGGGUUCCAACAGACAAGUGUAUUACAACAAAUACAUGGUCUUCUGAGUUAUCUAAAUUGGCUGCUAAUGCUUUUUUGGCUCAACGAAUAUCUUCAAUUAAUUCAAUUUCAGCAAUUUGUGAAGCAACAGGUGCUGAUGUUGGACAGGUUGCCUUAGCUAUUGGAAAAGACAGUAGAAUUGGAUCCAAAUUUCUAAAUGCUUCUGUUGGAUUUGGAGGAAGCUGUUUUCAAAAAGAUGUUUUAUCACUUGUUUAUUUAUGUGAAUCAUUGAAUUUAAAAGAACCAGCUGCAUAUUGGGCUAGUGUUGUAGAGAUGAAUAAUUGGCAACGAAGACGUUUUAGUCAUAAGAUUAUUACUGAAUUGUUUAAUACAGUAGCUGGAAAAAAAAUUACUAUAUUUGGAUUUGCAUUUAAAAAAGAUACCGGUGAUACACGUGAUUCAUCUGCAAUUGCUGUUUCCAAACAUCUUCUUGAUGAGUGUGCUGAUAUACAUAUAUAUGAUCCAAAAGUUCUUGAAUCCACAAUAAGAUUUGACUUGUUAAAUGUAAUUUCCAAUAAAAGUAUUAUUGAAAAGAACGUAACAGUUCAUAGUGAUCCAUAUGAAGCUGUAAAAGACUCUCAUGCUAUUGUCAUUUUAACUGAAUGGGAUGAAUUUAAAACGUAUGAUUAUGAAAAAAUAUUAAAUUCUAUGGUUAAUCCUGCAACUAUCUUUGAUGGAAGAAGAAUUUUAGACUCAUCAAAGUUAAAAUUGCUUGGUUUUAGAGUAUUCACUAUUGGAACAACUCCAACACAAAGUUACAGUUUAUUUAAUUGA